AAGUCGAAUGUUGCAAGUCUCAGGACUAAGUGUUACAUAUAACAUAACACGACCUAUUGGUGAAAGAGUAAUCGAUGUUAAAGUGAAAUGUCAGGACUGUGAAUUUCCAAAGUUUGAAGAACUUUCAAAAGAAGCCAUUUAUAGAAUUGUUGUUGCUGACUAUCUAGCAAAAGGAAGUAAUGGAUUUGGUGUUAUCAGAGAUAAUGCUUUUGAUAUGGAGAUUGGACCUAAUAAUUUGGAAGCCCUAAUUGAGUUUAUUGAAGUAAAUAAUCCUAUUGUAGCAGCUGAAGAGGGGAGGAUAAAGGUUUUGAUUUAGAAUAAAUGUUUUUAAUGUAAAAUAAA